GCGCGUUCAGGCUACAGAUGAAAUCGUGAUGGCGAGCAAACGUCUAUCAUCAUGGGCCAGAAAUACCAGAAAAAUACGCUUCAAAUUUCACGUGAAAGACAAAUACUGCAGCAGACUAGAUGCUUUGGAGCUACAGUCUGUCAGAAAAGCAAGAAGAAGAAAGUGUCCCAACAUUGCAAAGCGUUUUCGAUGUAAUGAAGCUGCACAGGGCAACAAAAAUGACGAGACUGGUCAGUGGAGAUUUAAUGAGUCGGUAAUGUUGCUCAGGCGUCGGUUGUUUGACUCUCAUCAGAAUAUUUCCCAUUAUUCUGAGGUUUCGAUGUCGUGUCUACUAAGAUUCACUGACUGUUACGAAGCGCGUGAUGAAGGUGGCAUGUUUACUUUAUCAACGUAAUGCGCGUUCACGAUCAACAGGUGGCUCCGUGGCGCAAUGGAUAGCGCAUUGGACUUCUAGUCAAGCACUUGAGGAGUGAUUCAAAGGUUGUGGGUUCGAGUCCCACCGGAGUCGCACUUUUCGUCCUGGUAAGCGGGUCCUACUCGAACUGUAUAGACUUAAAGGAGGGACAGCGAAGAGUGACCCUGCUGAAAUAUAAACACCAUAACCCUUAUAUUACUUUCAAUGUGUGAAGUGUGGAUCAACAGUAUUUUUUAAUUUUGUCAUCACAAAUGAAUUAACAUAUGAUAUCCAACAAUCAACAAGAAUAAUAUUGAUAACAAAAUAAAAGCAGUAACUUAAAAAUCUGCUGCGUUUGAUUCAACCAUAUUCUUUAAACUAAACUAAAGUUGCAUUUUCAUCUUACAUGAUAUCAGGGUCCAUCAAGUGAAAUAGAAACUAAAAGAAACUACACAGAGCUGUAGUUUCACUUUCAUAUACAAGGAUUUACGCUCAUUAAAUUUUCUCAGAAUCUAAACAUGAUAAAAAGUAAUGUUCUAUAGGGUAAUUUCAACAACUCAAUUAUGUCAAUUGAGAGCUUUUUCAGUUAUGUACAGCACAGCCCAUGAUAAAUGUGAAUGUUUGUUGACUUAUUUAAAAGACUAUUUUCUUAAUUACUCGGGAGUGGCAUGUCCUCAAAGGCCACCAUCAUUUCAGUAAAAGGAGAGGUGAGCCGGGUAGUGUUUUAGUGUACAAUCUGACUGCUAGAUAUUGCUUCAUAUUCCUGUUUUUAAUAUUCAUUCAUGACUGACUGAGUUCUCCCACCACUAGAUGGAGGCUACGUUACAAAUGAACAGUCCCUUCACAGCCUCAUCAGGGUCAGAUAGAGCUGGGUCACAGACAGAAAAGCAGGUACAUGAAGGCUGUAUAGAUUCAAACAGGCAGCCAGAGCUGAGGAGUGAAGAGAGGACACAGAGAGAGAGAGCGUACAGACACAGUUUGAUUCAGUCUCUGCAGAUCUUAAACCAUGGGAGUGCUGAGGACAUCGGUCACCCUUUUACUCCACCUGGCUGUCUCUCUGGCGGUAAGACCCUCCAGAUAACCUCUCACUUUUUAAUUUACUUUUACCUCUGAUCAGUCAGUGAAGUAUCCCGACUGAAUAUUAGGAAGACUGGAAACAAAAAGUAAGGGAAAUGGACAUGGACCAUGAAAAUAUAUUUAAAAAAAAACAACAACAGGGAUGAUUUUAUUCUAAUCGGACAUGUUGCAUCCAUGUAUUUAUGAAUUAGGUUAAUAAUUUGACUUAUUGCAAUAAUAAAAAAGUUCUGACUGUUUCAUAUCAAUAUUAACAAUUUUAGCAUGGAUGAGGUUGGAAAAAAAACUUUUAAUAAAAAGAAAGUAUCAAAACUUAAGUCAACAAAGUGCUAACCACAUUAUGACAACCCUUAAAUGAGACUGAAAGGUCAGAUACUGGCUAAACUGAACCAUUAAAAUAAAUCAAAAUAUUGCAAAAACACUGUCAGCAUGAAGUAGAAACUGCCUCUACUUUAUUUAUGAUGUCUUCUUUCUUUCCGUCCAGGCUCCUGUGCCGUGUGAGGAGAAGGUGGUCCGCCUUGAGGCAGAGAUCCAGGGCCUGAGAGACGUCAUCAACGACCAGCAUAACUACAUCCAAGAGCUCCAUCACAGCCAGGCCAAGCAGCUGGAGCUCAUCCCGAACUCUCACCUUGGCUCUGACAACCUGUACAGAGGUAAGACAAGACCCCCAAACAGGAGAUAGAAAAGUGAUGAUUCUGCUGCUGCGGCUUCAUACGGACAUGACUGACGGUGGCAGCAGCGUCUUUUGGUUCAAAUAUAAACAAGAAAUAUCUGAAGUGGAUCAAUUAUGAUAAACACAAAGCUAAAAUUACCCAUAAUCCUCAGUGAGAGUCUUGCAGAGACAUAACGCUCAUGUGUAUCUGUGUAUGUGUGUGUUCAGACUGCUCCGAGGUGUUUGAAGACGGUAAUGUUGCGAGUGGACUGUAUGUGAUCCGUCCAGACGGCUCUCCGACAGCUCUGAGUGUCUUCUGUGACAUGAACAACGGAGGAGGGUGGACCGUCUUCCAGAGGAGGAAAGACGGCAAGGAGAGCUUCGACAGGUGUGUGUGUCUUUGUGUGUGUGUAUCAGUCAUGGUUAAUGCUGUACAUGCUGUUUGAUCGUGUGUGUUUUUGUGUAUUUGCAGAGCUUGGGUGGAGUAUAAACACGGGUUUGGAGACCUUUUCUCACCGAACGGAGAGUUCUGGUUGGGCAAUGACGCUCUGCACCGUCUCACCUCACAAGGUGUGCAUGUGUGUGUGUGUGUAUCUGAGUGUUUGUGUGCUCUGAUGGUCUCUCAUACAUUUUAGGUUGUAUGUGUGUAACUCUGCGUCUUUUUAGGAAACUACGACCUGCGGAUCGACUUGGAGGACUUUGAGGGGAAUCAGCGCUUCGCAGAGUACAAGAACUUCAAAGUGGACGAUGAAAAGGUACAGACAUCCUUCAGCUCGCUCAGGGGAGGGGAUCCUGGGGUGUUUUCAGGUCCUCUGAACUCUUGGUCUGCCCCAAGCCAGGGUCGAAGAGCUGAAAGUUUGCGUCCUCUCGCUCCACUGCAUCCUCUCAGUCCCCCACAGCAGUUGGGUUUGUCUUCUUCUUUGCUGGAUGCUGAAGCACAAUCAUUUGGUCCAAAUCUCUUUUCAGUUCCCAAACGGUCCUGGUCUUAUUUAGACUACUGUGUGGAAACUUCAUCAAGGACGUCUGGCUCCAGGUCUGAGAGCUGUCCUCCAUCUUUCUUCUUCUGUUGUGUCUAUCAUCCUCCAUCUUUCCCACCCUUGUCCUGAAGUUUGUCUCUUCUCAGAUCCAAAACUUUGAGGCUCAGUAAAAUCUCCCAGAUUUAGAGUUGAAAUUGUUUUUGUUCGCAUAAAUGAAACAAAACCUUGACUGGACCAAAGCUGAUUUUAAAUGAGUUCUGUUGCUUUCUUUUCCUCUUCUAGGACAAGUAUCAGUUACACCUGGGAGAGUUCACUGGAAAUGCAGGAGACGCCUUUUCUGACAUCAGCGGCACCCCCUCUCCUGAGCAGCAGUGGUCCAAUCCAGACUCCAAUGGUUCGAAUGUGAUCAAAUUCAGCACCUUUGACCACAUGAGCGAUGCUGCUGGAGACGAAGAAGACGAGGACGCCAAGUGUAUCAGACACAGCAAGUCAGGCUGGUGGUUCAGCAGGUAACGGACUCACAGAGGAGGAAAAACCAUAAAGCAGAGUUUUUCGCAUUUAGAUAAUGUUUAUUUAAUUAGUUUGAGGUCUUUGUUGAGCCUCCUGACAUAAAAAAAAAGAUGUUGGCUCACACACAUCAUUUAUCGAUUCUAAUUCGGAUUCAAUUAGACAAACCUUAUAUAAACAGAAGAGGAUUUGGGGCACUGGAAAGAAAAAAAACUCCAGUAUAAUAAUUUUAAAAAUUAUUUUUAUGCAAUCAAAGUCAAAAUUCCAACUUUAUUGUCAGAUAAAAUUAUGAAAAAUAAAAAUAAUAAAAAAAGGAAAUAUUGGACCUUUUUUUCCCAGUGGCCCUUAUCCUCUUCCAUAGAUAGAUAGAAAAAUAGUAAGAUUGUCACUUCUUCUACUGAAGUUAGAUUAAAAGAUAUUCUGGGGCGUGUCUCCUGCCCCCUGGUGGACUAUAAGUGCACUGCAUGAUGUCCCUGUCUGGUUCUCACACUGGUGAUACCUUUGGCUGUACAUAGUCUAAAUGUCUUCAUCUCUUUGACUUCCUGCUCACAGGUGUGAUUCAGGAAACCUGAACGGACAUUACUACAACGGGCCGUACAAAGCCAUGGCUGAUGACGGGGUCGUGUGGUACACCUGGCAUGGUUGGUGGUACUCCAUCAAAUCUGUGGUCAUGAUGGUGCGAGCCUCCGACCUGGAGAGCCAGACGACGGUCAGCCCCUCAGUACCCGGGCAGCUCGACCCCGACAAAGCAGCAGGCAACGAGGUAGAUGUUUUUUAUGAGGGCCAAUGAAAGUGUGGAGCCGCUCACUCGAAGGUUUUUCUUUUUUGUGUGUGUGUCGUCUUUUUAAAUAUUUCUCUAAAAGGGUUAUUUGUUUAUUUUUUUUAAACAUUGGCUCCAUAUGGAAACGCUCCUGCAGAUUAAUCUAACCUGCUGCAUUGAAACCACCUGUGAAUUCCUAGAAAUGUACCAAUCAAAGCGGACCACUGCAAAGACUGUUCAUGAAAAACUCUAAAAGAAUAUUUGAGUUCAAACUUGUUUCUUUGAACAUUUUGUUAAAGGUCUGAAUGAGAAAUGUCUCCAAACAAUGAAAGAUGUCUUUGUAUUAAAUCUGUGAUAAUAAAGGAAGUAGUCUCUGAGUUCAACAGAAUCAUUUAAAAAAUUAUAAAUUAUGAUACUUAACAAAGGUUGGAAAUGACAUGUUAAUCUUGAACACAAGCCCAGACACAUGGUCUGUGAUAACAACCCUACACACUGAUUCACAUCAAGUCAUCAGAGCAAGAUUGAACGACUAUAUUUUUCCCCAGCAGAUGAAGUCGAGGAUUUACAAGUGAUUUCAGUGCCACCACAAAGUGUCACAAAGCAAAAAAGAAUAUUUUACUUCAGUUAUUAAAGAAAGUGAAAAUUCGAUUCGCUCUAGACUCUUUACAUUUAAUCGUUUACAUGAUUUUUCUGUUUUUAAUUUGACGAUUUUGGCCAACAGCUAAAAAAAAUCAUCUCAAAAUAGUAGGUACAAUUAUUACGAAAGCGUAUUGCAUUCACUUACAAAAAAGAAACUUUGAGUAUUCUUUUGUCUUUGCUAUUUUUGUACUAAUAUUUUUCUUCUGUUUUGUGUACUAAUAAUUUUCCCCUCUUUGUGUUUUUUGGACCAAUUUUUAUUCUGUUUUUCGUAUUUUAUUUUAUUUUUUCUGUUUUCUGAAAAAACAGUGAAAAACAGAAAAAAAAUUGUCAUAAAAAGAGGGGGAAAAAUAUUCCGACAAACAAAAAAUAGUCAGAAAAACUGAAACAGGGUUCCUACGCAAGUAUGAAAAGUAUGGAAGUAAUUUAACCAAUUUCCAGGUCUGAAAAGUAUGGGAAAUGAAAAUAAAGUAUGGGAAAAUAUUGAGAUUUCCAGACUAUUACAACAGUAAAAAAAACUGUUUUCUAAUUAUAGAAAAGUAGGUAUUUCCAGAAGUAAUUUUAAAAAGAAGUGAAUGGAAAAGUAUGGAAGUUCCAAGUGACGGAAAAGAAAAAAAUAUAGUUCGAAAAAACAGAAUAAAAAAAAAAAUACUUUGAAAACCACUUUUUUUUUUGUGGGGGUGAAUUCAAUACGCUUCCAUAAAUUAUAACAAAAAGCUACAAUCUUUAUCUUACGACUCUAAUUUCUGACAGCACCAUUUUUCAAAUGUUGAGAAGAUGGUGUGAAUUUUAUUUUAAUGUUUUCUCCUGUUUCGUCUUCUGUAAUCCUGUCUGUGAUGUUGUUGCAAAAAUCCCAAGAUAAUGUCAAAUGAUUGUAAUACAGUUUAACCUGGACUUGAUAAGUUUAAAGAAGCUGAAAGACAAAAUAAAGAUCUUCUAGUGAAUCUCCUUUGAUGGGGAUCAUGUCACAGCCUUCACAGCCUGUCUGUAGAGUUUGUUUUGUUUUCUUACAGUUAUUGAGAAGCAGAAUUAUGUAAAUUCAUGACAGGAGUGAACUGAAAAUCAUCUCACCCACCUCUGUGUAACAUCUAAAAUAAAAAUAAUCAUUUAUUUCAUACUGUUUUUUAUUCUGUGUCCAAAAUAAAGCAGAACAUGGUACACUGAGGCAAUCCGGGUACAUCUGAGGUUUUUCAGGACAAACACCAGACACACACACACACACACAAAGUUUCUUUUUGGAUUCAGUAAAACCAGUCUGUCGGUUAGAGGAGAUGAUCACUGGUGGUUUUAUAUGCAACCCAAAGCAAAGACGGAUCAUCUCUGCUCAGUCGAUGGUUCAGCUUUGCCUUGACUCUCUUUGGGCACGAGGUGAUUUCAGAGGAUGGGGAGAAAAGGGGUGAUAUCUCUUUAUUUCAUGAGAGACGGGAGGAGGAAAGGUUCAACACUUCGAUAAACUGCAUAUUUUGCUCUGAGGAGGUGUGUGUGUCUGCACUGGCCAGCUCAGAUUUAACAUCCAAGGGUGAUUACAUUCCACAAAGUAGAUUAAGGUAGAGGUUGUGAGGAGCUCACAGGAGGAACAGACAUCCACUCGAUCAAAGGUUCAUGUCAGUAAUUCAGGUGAGUUCCUCAAAUGAGCGUAACGUCCGUCCGCUUCGUCCGAAAGGUCCGAAGCAGAUCUGUGAUUGAGCCUCGCUCUUUGGGAGGAGGGGGGGAAAAAAAACGUCCUCUUUAAAAGAAGGAAAAAAGGCAAAAGAAUCCAUGCUAAUCCACCGAGAAGUACCCGUCUUUGUGAUUCGCCAAACCCAAACAACUCAGAGUCUGCUCCCACCAAAACGCCGCAAAUCUCCAAGGUUUUUCCCACCCUGUGACUUUUAAAAAAAAGAGGCUGUGAGAAAAAAGG